AUGAAUGUUGACGACCUUGUGAGAUACUAUGGCAGUUACGGCUUUUACCAAAUCGAUCUUGAUGACGACCCCAAGGCCCAAGAUGCUGAAGUCUAUUCAAGGGAUAGCGAGCCUCGGGUCCCCUUGCACGCCCACAAAGUUAUUGGCCCCGGCGCCCGCGGGAGCAAGCCUGAGGAAUUAAUAUGCUCUUCUAAGAUGGGCGAUGAUUACCUGAUUCGCCAUCCUCGAACCUUGCUCCAGUGCCCGCACAAUGGUUCCAACCGGUACGAGUAUGGUAAAGUGCGUUACAGAUUCCGAUAUGACGAGGCCAUCUUUAAGGAGGAGGAGAAAUCCGUACUUACAACAAGAAGUGGACGCCCAAUUAAAUCAAGAAGCGGGCGCCCAAUCAAGAAAGGCGACACAAUCCUCACCAAGUCAAUGUCACGAAUUAGAAAGGCAGAUGCAACUCGCACCCGUUCCAACCGAAUCACGAGCAAGAAUCCAAGGAAGUAG